GAAGAAGAAGGUGGCGUUAGCAGCAGGUUUUCACACCGCAGACCGUUUAUACCUCAGCCAGGUUCUCAGGGAGCUGGACCACGGCCCGCCGUCAUCCUGCAGGUCACCUGCCGACUCAGUACCUCAGACAUGCAGCAGCUGCUGCCAAGGAAAGAAGAAAAUGUCCCUGACCAGCAGGAGUGUCUGAGUGUCGACCUGGAGGACAUUAAGCAGGAAGAAGAGAAACUCUGGACAAGUGAGGAUGGACGGCCGGAGGGGUCAGAUGUUACCAAGUUCCGUUUCAUUGGUGUCCCUGUGAAGACUGAAAAUGAUGAAAAACCAGAGUCAUCACGGGUUCAUCAGUGCCCCACUGAUGAGAGCAGAGAGGCUGAGCCUGUGGCCAGCAGCUCCAUGCUCACAGAGGACUGUGGAGGACCACAGCCAGCCAGGAACUCAGGUCCACUUGGUCGUUUACAUCCUGCUGCUGAUGGCAGGAUUUCAGACAGUUCUGAAACUGACACUGAAGGGAACCAGACCAGGGAACUUUGCUCACAUUUAAACUUUAUGAUAAACAGUGACAUCUCUGCUAGUGAUGGCAUAAACAACAUUACUGGGAAACAGUUCAGUAACUCUGAAUGUGGAAAAGCAGGUGGUAGCACAAACUGUUUGAAGCAAUGCAAGAUGAUUCAAGCAACCGAGAAACCGUGUAGCUGCCCUGCAUGCGGUAAAAGAUUUAGAGAACAGGACAAUCUGGCCAAACACAUUAGAAUUCAUACAGGGGAGAAACCAUAUGGCUGUUCUGAGUGUGGUAAAAGAUUCGGAGAAAAAAAUAAACUGAAUAGACAUAUGAGGAAUCACACUGUAGAGAAACUAUAUUUGUGUUCUGAAUGUGGCAAAACAUUUGGACAGAAGAGCAGCUUGAACACUCACAUGAUAAUUCACACAGGAGAGAAGCCAUUUGGCUGUUCAGAGUGUGGAAAACGGUUCGGAUUAAAGAGUAAUAUGAAGACGCACAUGAGAAUUCAUACAGGACAGAAACCAUUCGGCUGUUCUGAGUGUGAUAAAAGAUUUGGAGACAAGAGCAGUCUGUACAAGCACAUUAGAAUUCAUACAGGAGAGAAACCAUUUGGCUGUUCCAAAUGUGGUGAGAGAUUUGGAAGAAAAAGCCAUCUGAUCAGACACAUGAGAAUUCACGCAGGAGAGAAACCAUUUGGCUGGUAGACUUCUGCAACUCGACCAUUGGUGGCCUUUUUGAGACGCUCAAAAGGAGUGAGUUCUUUGGCCCAACAAAAUGUGUAAUUAGUCACUGAUUAUUUAAUCAAAAAAGUCAUAAAAUGAGGACAUUCAUAAGUCAUUUUAAUAUUCAGAAAAACAGUGUUUGAGUUGAUUCACAGACCUGCUGUCGGUGUUCUAUUGAUGAUGCUCAUUUAUUUCCACAUAAGAAUGUUAUUUUCUUUUUUCAAGAAAACUGUAUUACUUCCAUAUAGUGAGCUUGAGGGGAAAAUGAGUGGACAGACUUUUUUUCCUUAACAUUGGGCUUUAGCAAAAAUCACUCCUAUUAAUGCAUUUGUUCAUAAACGGUGUGUGUGAGUGAUUGUAAGGGAAUUUCCUGUAUUCACCAGAUUUUUGUAUGUUGAAUUGUUUUGUUGGCAUGAACCAGGUCUCAGAUUGGUCCAGACCUGUAGUAGGACUCAUCCAAACCUGUUUUCUCAGUAAUUUAUUUCAGUACUUUGAAGUUGUUGUAGUUUGAAAAUCCAACAAAUUUUCAUAAUUGUCCAUUAAUUCAAAUGGAAUUUCACAUAUAAUAUAUAUUACUUUAUCAGUCCUACAAUAGAGAAAAUAUCUAUUUCAUAAUUUCUUGAUACAAUCCAUUUUUGUAAUGAGAUAAUUUAAUAAAGCUGUAACAUUGUUUCUUGACUAGUAUCAGAAUGAUUGUGUAAAUCAUUACUAAUAAUUCAAACUUGUUUUUACCCAAGAGAAAAUAUUGUUGAGUGCACAUGUUCGUUCCUGAGAUUGUCACACAUUCAAAAGACAAACUGCAGAUAAAAAAGCGCAGUCCUACACAUUUUCAAAUCACAAAUUAUUUAUUGUAUUUUUAAAGUCAUUUGAGUUUGCGUGUUUGAUUUGUUGUGUAAGUCCAGCUGUCAGGACAAACUGAGUUGAUUCUUCUGAGCAUCUCUGCUGCUACAAGACAAACAUCUCACUUCACAAAAAUGACUUUAGGUCAGACCUCUUUAAAUGAUAACUUCACUAUUAUAACCAGUCUCAGAGAUGAAGUUAAUAGUACUGUGUGUUAAGAUCAUCUACAAGUGGUGAUUACUGUCAAAGUACUUUUAUUGUUCGCGUUGACAUAUACAACAGGAUGUCUCUAUUCAGGUUGGUCCUGUUGUCAUGGAAACAAUUGUUUUGCUCCUCAGCUGCUGUACAAAAAUGUUAGUACUUAGCUGUUAGCUGUUUGCUUCACCUUUAAUGAGCAAACACCAUAAAAUGAUGUCAGUGAGAGGAGCGGACAGCUUCUUCUGUUUUUGGGGCUUUAUGCAAAUUUCCUUUUCUCCAAACCACGUGAUCACUAACACAGAAAGGAUUCCAGAGGCUUUGUGCCAUUUAUGGAAUUCUGUAGGUUUGGGCCGACUGAUUACCAUCAGUAGUCCUCGACUAUAAUCAGCGAAUAAAUUUGACAUUUCAAAUCUUCAUGGUGAAACUCAAGUGUGAUUUACUUUAACAAAUAUAAGCACAAAAUCACACAUACAAAAAACAGCACCAGCAUGAAGCUGACACCUGCAUUCCUUCACUAGACAUAGAUGACCCGUUGGAGGCGACUAACUCACCUGCCGAGCAGUGAAGGCAGCGGUGGAAUCUCCAGCAGCUCUGUUCCUUUAAGGGUUAAAUAAACGUAAUAAAUGGCUUUUGAAAAGUCAACUAAAAAAAUAGUUGACUCGGAUGCUAGCUAGUCGUAGUUGACUAUUGUGAGUAGUCGCCCCAUCCCUAGAAUUCUCUGGACUUUGGAGCACUUGGUGGAACAGGUGCAGUGAGUUCAUACAGACCCAUGGUAAAAAAAAGUAGAGGUUUGGGAGACGUUCCCUGAGGCUGUUUUCAUGUGACUUUGGUUGUUGAAAAGGUGAACUUGUCCUUUCAAUGCUCAGCCAAUGAUAUCAAAUGUUUUUAAGAGGUUUCAGUGAAAAAAUUUGUUUGCAUCUUCACAGUGCUUUUAUUAAAACUUCCUUUAUAACCUGCAAUAA